AUGCUCAUUGCUACAAUUGUGGCACGGAUGGCCGAGUGGUCUAAGGCGCCAGACUCAAGCGAUUAUAUGCUUCGCACGAGAACGAGUGUGACGUGGGCGUUCUGGUAUCGUGAUCGAUGCGUGGGUUCGAAUCCCACUCCGUGCACAAUUUUUGGGAAAAACUACUAUCGUCUUCCAGUCGAAACGCCGCUUUAUUCCAGUCAUUCAUUGGAAUGA